CGUGGUCGUGGACAAGCGUGUCAACGACAGAACCUUCAUCUAUCUCUAGGAGCAAGCCACCGCUCACGGCAUCACUCCUUGAAACUUGGCGUCAGCUGGCAUAACACGAGGACACCAUGUCCAGCGGCAAAGUGGAACUCCUGGGCGACAAUGUGGAAAUCCUUGACUACGAACCCGAGGGCGAGGCUCCCACCGCAGAGCAGUUUCCAGCGGCGGGUGCAGAAGACGAGAGCCCCCCCAUGUCCAUGGUGUUUGUUCACCGUCGAUGAUUUGCUGGACGACAUCGCCACAGCAGAUCCGGCGGAACUAGAGCGGGCCUACAACACCGGACGUGUCUCUCUGGAGGAUAUCGUAGAAGCGGCCCAUCUGUCGUCCGAUUCCCCCCUUUUCGUUCCUCCUUUCUCGCUCCCGCCGGAAGACAGAUUAAUCCUCUUGCCCCACGACGAGUUUAUGGCGUACCAAAGGUUGAACGAGAUGUGGUGCGACGGUCUUGCCGGGAAGAUAGCAGAGGCGGAGGCGCGAGAGCAGGCGAAGCGCGAGGACGCGGAGCGCUUGGCGCAACGGGAGGCUGCUCUGGCCGCUGCGGCGAGGAAGCAGGAGGAGGAGGGUGAGGCUGUUCGGGCUGCUGCGGCGAGGAAGCAGGAGGAGGAACGUGAGGCUGCUCUGGCUGCUGCGGCGAGGAAGCAGGAGGAGGAGCG